CCUUGGCGCGGGCUGCCCGCGGCGCUCGCCGGGCGCGGUGACCGGCGGUGACAUUGAGCGCGCAGCGAUGGCCAAGGCCGCGCAGGGGCUCGUGCAGCGACUCGUGCAGCGCGGGCCGGAGCUGCUCGGCGCCGCCGUGACCUACUCGAAGCCGCGCCUGGCCACGUUCUGGCGCUAUGCCAAGGUGGAGCUGGUCCCGCCGACCCCCGCCGAGACCCCCCGCGCCAUCGACGGCAUGAAGGGGCUGGUCCGGGCCUUCCAGAGCGGCCGCCUGGCCCAGCUCACCGUCAAGGAAGCGCUGAGGAACGGCCUAGUGGCCACAGAGGUGCUGAUGUGGUUUUACAUCGGGGAGAUCAUCGGCAAGCGCGGCAUCAUCGGGUACGAUGUGUGAACACCCACCUGGCCUGGCCGGUGCCAUCAGCAUUGCGGCGCCGGGUCUGUCACGGGGUCUGCCACAAUAAAGCCAGAAGCCCAUGUUGA